UCCAAUUAAGCAUUUGGUUGGUAACAUAUAGCUACCUUUCUCACGAACAAAUUUUGACUCACUGAGGUUUGUUAUUUUUAUUUCUUCUUUCCAUCUCCAUGGGGAAUUGCUUGUUCAGCUCGUACGAAACGACGACGACGACGGUGAAGGUUGUAGUUCACGACGGGAGGAUGGAGGAGUUCUCAUACCCGGUGAAGGUGUCGUAUCUGCUGCAGCUCUAUCCGGCGUGUUUCAUAUGCGACUCCGACGAGAUGGGAUUCGACGACGUCGUAACGGCGGUUCACGAGGACGAGGAGUUGAGGCCCGGUCAACUCUACUUCGCGCUCCCGUUGAGCCGCCUCAAGCGUCACCUCCCGCCGCAGGAGAUGGCCGCUCUCGCCGUCGUCGCCACCUCCGCGCUCGCCAAAUGCGGCUCCCGCCGGAAGCAGAUUGUGUUUCUCUCCUCCUGCGAUGUAAAUACGAAGCCUGGCCGGAAAGUUGCGCCGGAAGGUACGGUCGGUAAUAAUGACGUGGCGAGGAAAGGAAGGAGUAAAAUUGGAGGUAGGGGUAUGGGCAAGUUCACGGCUACGUUGAGUUCCAUACCGGAACAAGGGUAGUUUUGGAAAGAGAUAAAAAUAUGUGUUCGCUGGUAAUUUUUUGUAUGGUUGUAUAUAUUAAAAAAUAAAAAAGAGGAAAAAUAUAUAUUAAUUUUUGAACAUUGUA